AUGUCGAAAUAUCCACCGGGGGGAAGUCUACCUAAUAUCUUACCUCCACAACAUGCCGAAUCUAAACGAGAUAGAAAGAGGAGAGAAACUGUGAAUAAGAUUGAGAUGUUACAUGACGAGAGCUGCAGGAACAGGGAUGAAAAAUUCUCAUCCUUAUAUAAAGAAUUUCAUUCAGAGAAUAAAGCAGUCAAUUCACAACCACCAACAUCUGCAAAAUACCUUUUAAGAGUAUAUCCAAUUUCGAUUGAAAGAGAUGCUCUGCUGGAAGCUUCAGAAAUUGAAUAUCAAUACAAAGCCAGCCAAGCUAAGAAGAUGUAUGAAUCCGAGAGAGAAUCUAUAGAAGCACAAUAUUGGGAUUCGAGAGACCAAGUUCGUCAAAGAUUAUUAGCUGCCAUCGAAGAUCGAAGAAGGAAAUUGAGAGAAGAGAAAGAAGGUGGUGAUGUAGUCACUGAAACGUUACUGGAUGCUCAAAUAAGACCACGUCCCGUUAGGAAAUUACCAUUUCGCAGAAAAUCCAAUCAGUCCAAUCAAAAUUCAAAUUCUCGUGAUGAAACACCUUCCAACAAAGAAAAGGAAAAUGGCUUAGUCAAUGGUACUAAUGGUACCGUCACCAAUGGACAUAGUGAAAAAAGAGAUAAUAGAGAUGGAUCACCUUCAAAUACGAAUGGAAUUAAAUCAAAUGAUUUAUUAUUGCAUACAAUGAUGUCACCUUCAUUAGCUGUUAUAUCGACUGAUGAUAUAAUUUCACCUUCAUCAUCGUCUUUGAUCGUACACCCACCUGUGAAUGGUGUAUUGGCGUAUGUCCCUCCUCAACCUGGAAAAAGAGGUCCUCGGGGUAAAAAUCCUUUAUUAGCAAAUACGAUCAAUGGAAAUGCUGGAGGUGAUUUGGAUCCCAAAGAAGGUAACUUGACCGCACCUGGAACUGCUACCGCUUUGGGUAUAGCAAGUGGUCAAGUAACUGGUCCAGGUCCAAGAUCAAGAGGUGUAGGUGGAACGAGAGAUCAAGCAUUAACUUUAGGAAGAAGUUUGGCAGAUUUAAAUAAGAUGAUACCUGCUUCUCAAUUAGAGACAGAUUCAGAUUGGGCAAGAAUGCAAGGUACAGGCGGGAGAGGAAGGAGAACAAGAGGUGAUUAA